AUGGCUACUCAAGAGCCUUCGUCGUCCGACGCGGUGCUUCUGCCCAGCAUCGCGGCGACCUCACCCACCGUUAUCGUCAAGGUCGGCACAGAAGGCAAAGAGUACAUCCUACAUACCGAACUCCUCAAGCACCACUCCGGCUACUUUCGCGGCGCACUUUCCGGCGCUUUCAAAGAAACCGACGACGGCGUUAUUCCCAUCACCGAUAUUGAUACCGACGCAUUUGAUACCUUCGUCGAUUGGAUUUAUAGAGGUAUCACAACCUUUGAGCCCAGCUCAUCCGGCAAGCAACUAUUCAAUGCAUACAACAGCUAUAUAUUAGCAGACCGACUCCUUGUCCCCGGAUUGAAGUCUGCGCUUUUGGGCAGCUAUUGCGAACUUUUCAGCGGCAAAUCCCAUAAGAGACCAGCUUGCCGUGCAAUUGUUGAACUUUUCCGCAAUUUGGCUGAGGAUGAUCCCUUACUGCGACUUUGUGUUGAUGUAUGGGCUACCCGCAAGGCGAUCUACAAGUUGAAGGAUUUUGAGAAGGAUGAAGCGUCGAGUCUACCGCAGAGUUUCUUCGUUCGUCUGAUGCUACGGAUGAAUGAACUGGGCCAGAAUCCGCCGUCGGUGGGGACUUUCAAGCGGGAGGAUUACAGCGAGCGUGUAAGGCUUGAUGGAUAG